AUCAAGCUGUUUUCUUUUAACGUUUUGUUCAAAGUUGAUAGCCUACAUAUAUAGAAGUGACAAGGUUAGCAGGUUUUCCAUAAGUAGUGAUCACUGAAAAUUUUCGAAUUCUUUGUGGAUCUUGUUCUGUGCAUGACAAAACAUGCAUUCUCUGGUUGAUGCUCAAUUUCUAGCCAUAAUAAUGGUGUAUCAGGUGUUGGGAGUAUGUCACCUAGUGGUGGGAGGUGUGACUCAACCGAGUCUGCAUGUAAGCAUCCAGCCAGUGGGUCACGAUGACGUCAUAGCUGAAGAUGUCGUCUCCAAACACUUCGAAGCUUCUCCAGACGUCCAUACCAACAAAGCAGGGAAAUACAGACAAACGAUUCAUACCCAAGAUCAUGUGAUUUCGGCAGAGGGUGAUACCGUGGAUGCCACAACUGAUGUGUUGAGUCAGGACACCACGACACAACAGCAGCAUGUGAUGCACAGAAAGGACACCACUGAGGAGACGACCAACUCAGACACCGGCAAAUACACCAACGUCAAAGUUCUGAAGCAGCUGACGGGCAGAGGGAAGAGUUCGACCGUUCAACAGGAACAGGAAAUUGGAGACUAUGCAAUCGAGAGCAAAAAUGUUUUGACAACAGCCGACGGAACCGGUGUGGUGACUGAUGAGGCUGAGAAAGAACUCAACAAGAUCACACUGUCGCACACCAAAGCUCACGUGCAACAUGACAACAUAGUGGCGGAUGUUGAGCAAGACUUGCGGCAUGCCUCACUGGCCCAACAGGAGAGGACAUCGACUGUCCACGUGCACAACAACAACAAGCACAACAUCAUAGCAGUCGGCGACCAGGAUAUUGACAGAGACACUCUAGACGCCGACUUCGCUGAUACUCACCACACCGUUCGAAAGAAUACUAGCAGUGGUGAAAUACUGGUGAAGAGCUACGAUGCCGAGUCGAAUAUAGAGAACACAUUGUCGCACGAGCACGGGACGGGUGUCUAUCACGAGACUCCACAGCACAAGUUCAAAAUGGUUGACAAGCAGAUUGACAGGCACCUCCAAGGACGCUACACACUCACACAAGACAAGCAGUUUGAGUACAAGGGUGCGGACGGGUCGACUGACGACAUGGAGGAGAAACGAAGACAGGAAUUGAAGCAUGACAUGGACGAGCAUACUGACACGGUGACCGUGAAAACGGUGUCCAAACAGCACCCAGGGACACCACUGACGGUGACCCUGAGCACCAACAUAGUGGACAGAGACCACUACACGCUACAGCAGACAGCGUCAGGGGUUGCACACCACAAGCUGGCAAAUGGAGGCACCAGAACCGUUCACGUCGAAGAGGAACGCACCAACACCUACAACAUGGACACCAUUCCACGUCGUCUCAAGUAAAACAAGAGAAAACAAGUUCACUAUAAUCAUUUACUCACAAUAUUAAUUUUUUUUCAUUCAAUUUUCAAUCAUAUAAUUUAAGUUUUUCUUAGUUUUCAAUUAGGUUUGUAAGAGGUGUUGGGUAUUAGAUUAGUUUUAUUAUUAUUAGGUAUUUAUCUGGUAAACUGAAAUUGCAAUGAUGAAAUGUUACUCCGAAUUUCCUUCACGAAGAAGACUUCAUGUGUCAUUGGAGAAGACAGGAGGAGAAUGAGGAGAAACACAAGAAGAGAAGACUAGAGGAAAAGAGGAGAAAAUGGAGAAGGAGAAUGAGACGAUAGAGAGAAGAAGAAGAAGAAGAAGAAGAAGAAGAAGAAGAAGAAGAAGAAGAAGAAGAAGAAGAAAAAGAAGAAGAAGAAGAAAGUUGAAACAAAAUCACGAAAAAGUUUGAUUCGAAGUUGCUUCUUCAACAAGUAAACGACAGGAGAUCCAUGAGAUAGAUAUAUGUCCACUAAAAUCAUAUUCACAAUUACUUCUUCAGUUUUUAAAAGGUGUUUGUAUUUAUAUUAUUGUGUACUCAUCAUACGCUGAAUUCCUAAUUCCAGUUUUCUUCAUUUAAUCUAGUUUGGGUAUCUGUAAUAGAUUUUAUUAGGUACCAUAUUCAUCUACUGGCUGUCAGGACAGUACCUACCUAUUAUUUCGAGUUAUUGUAUCAUUAUAAUCUAUUUAAGGGCAGUAUAAUUCAAGUAUCUCAAUUAGAUGAUUCUUUGUUCGCCCAUAUUUCUUUUUGUGAUUUGUAACAUAUCCAAUACAGUUGUGUGAGCAUUU